CACCGCAGUCCCGCCCGCCGCAUCCUCGGCGCCUCUGCAGUCCGGCCGCGCCUCCCGGGCCCCGCGCUAGGGCCGCCGCUGCCUCCCUCGCCGCCGCUGCCAGCUGACCUGUCCUGGACGCAGCAUAACUAACGAAGUUGCUGCAGGAUGAGAAGAUGGCAGCACGGCUGCUCGCACCACCAGGCCCUGACAGUUUCAAGCCUUUCACCCCUGAGUCACUGGCGAACAUCGAGAGGCGCAUUGCCGAGAGCAAGCUCAAGAAACCACCCAAGGCCGAUGGCAGUCAUCGGGAGGACGAUGAGGACAGCAAGCCCAAGCCAAACAGUGACCUGGAGGCAGGGAAGAGUUUGCCUUUCAUCUAUGGGGACAUCCCACAAGGCUUGGUCGCGGUUCCCCUGGAGGACUUUGACCCAUACUAUUUGACGCAGAAAAAUGAAGUUACCCUUCUCCGGAAAAGAGUCACAUGUUACUUCUCUCAGGAUCCAGGACUUUACGAAUUUUGA